AUGUCGCUAAGACAUCUCUCGAAGCUGCGCAUCAUCUUAUCUCUCGAAUUCUUAAUCUGCAAUGCCCUCCACAAAAGAUUAACUUGUUAUGCCGAAGUACUCUGUGCCCUUUUCUAUGCAGCCGAAUAUUCGAUCAACGAACAGCUCUAUCCGCCACAGUCCAAUGUGGAUUACAUCUACAAUCAUAUCUGUGAAAUAUUUGCUGAUGCAUUUGAAAAUCUCAGAAAGUAG